CGCCAACCCGAAACAUCCAUCUAAACACACGACACUAACGGCACUGCAGUGUAUGACCGUUGCAUUUCCUCCUGGAAAUCAAAUCCACGCCUUCAUCACCACCUGCUACUACUACUAUUGUCCAGAGAGCUACUCGUACAAGGCGAUGUGACACCUGUUCCACCACCCUUCGGGCAUGUAGUGCCGUUCCGCAUCUGAUCCGCAUGUGCCCUCCUCACUCCCAACGGCUCCGCAUGCGCCACCAUGUCACAAGUCUUGCAGCCGGCUGAUGAAGUCGGCCGACUGAUUAAUCUCGUCCCUGUUGCUCUGAAAGAAGCGGCCCUCGAUUCGCCCUCUGCACGAGCCUCGGUGGUCCAUUAUGGCGAACAAGUCGAGUUGCUCGAGAAAUGGCUGGACGACUACAUGAAGGCUACGAAUCGAUUGGUGACCGAAUCGUUGACACUCGAACAUGUCCUGGAUAGCUUCAUCACUCACUCGGUCCUACCAACCACGCUCUCCGAGUCUAUGGUGGACCACGACUAUGUUGUACCUGCGAUGAAGAAAUACGGAGACGGCGCCAAAGAUUACUGGAUGAGCAUGAUAGUAGUGGUCAAGAGAUUACCGGGGAUGGUGGUUGAGCCGAUCAAGAGCUUUUUACAAAAUGAUCUCAAAGCUUUCAAGGACGCCCGUCGAGCGGUGGAAGCUUCGCAGAAGACAUUUGAUCAUCUGCAGUCGAAAUACGCAGGAUUGGGAAAGUCCAAAGAGGCAUCAUCUCUCAGGGAAGAUGCCUUCCAAUUGCACGAGGCGCGAAAGACCUAUAUCAAGGCGAUGAUGGACUUCUUCAGCCUAACUCCCCAGUUUCGGUUCGCUCUGGAUCGAUUGCUGGUCAAGGUCUUUCUGGACCAGUGGCGUGAGAUGCGCGUGUCCAGAGAUAACAGCUCGGCGACCUUUCAACGCAACUCGGAGGAAAUGCAGCGCAUCAAAGGCUGGAUGAACGAGAUGGAAGCGAGUGAAAGAUUGUUUCGAAAAGAACUACUGGCGGCCAAGAAACAGCUGGAAGAGACCGCCGAGCUGAAUACCCGCCCAUCCAGAGAACUCGAGGACUAUGGCGUGUCGACUGUUCCUCAAUUACCGGGCCAUGCUCACAAACCAAGUGGAUCAACCUUACUCCAAUCGCCCAAAAAGGCAGUGUCGCAGAGUGGAGCGAAACAAGGUUGGCUGUUUCUACGGACGUACAGCGGAAAGCCAACAAGGACGGUCUGGGUAAAGAAAUGGGCGUUUAUCCGCCACGGAGUCUUUGGCUGGUUAGUGCAAGGACCAAGAGGUGGCGUGGAAGAGAGUGAGAGGAUUGGAGUCUUGCUCUGUAAUGUGCGCCCUGCACCAAAUGAAGAACGUCGUUUCUGCUUCGAACUCAAGACAAACAAGAACACUAUCCUUCUUCAGGCUGAGACCCAAGCUGAACUCGUCGACUGGAUUGCCGCAUUUGAGGCGGCCAAGUCAAAAGCCCUGGAUGACGCAGAUCUCACUAAUGUAUCGGGAACAGCAAGUAUUCAAAGCAGUGCGGCGUUUGCCAUAUCUGCGCCGCCGGUACCUGAAUUCGGGACUUUGGUUUUGGGUGCGACAGAACCAGGCGCUGGAAGCGACGAAGUUGGUCCUCUGGAGAAAUCAAACACCCUUCCCAUUCCGGGCGCCGAGCACCUUCGAGAAGGCAGCAUGGAUCUAUCUCGGAGGUCCACCGCUGUCGAGGAGAGUGGACAUCGUGAAACUGCAUCCCGCAUCAUAUCAAAGUUGGAUUUACAUAGAAAAAGUGCGGCCUCGCCGCAGGUCUCUCCCAGCCCUUCGACGCCCAACCUGCCGGCGGGCGGCAUUGCCAGUCUGAUCGCAGCCAGCCAUGGCUCCAUGCCUGUCGGGCCAAGCAUAGCGAUACCACAAAGCACGGAAACGGAUGGCGCAAAGCCACGACCGACGUUUACACUGGCACUUCGUGACAUGCCUCCCAGCACUCUUGCGCCUUCCACAUUGGCUUCAGUGCCAUCCCCGACCAACUGGAGCAAGUCAGCCAUUGUCGUCACCGGAGAGCGAGGCCUGAGUCCUGCCCCUGAUAAAACAGGCAUACCCACCAGUCUCCUGGCCAACCUAUGGGGAACUGCAAAUACUGCUGUGGUCAACCGAUUGGAACGUGUUGAGUCCAAAAUCACAGCUGAGGCGAGGCUAGGCUUAGCAUCGAGUCCUCUGCCAAAGCCGUCGUCUUCGCCGCCGAAACAUCCCAUUUCACCUCCCGCAGGGACCAUCCCGGCUCAGGACGCUAUCCCGCACCUCGACCUCGGCAUCGCACAGCCUGGCACUCGAAGCCGAACGCCGUCACCCAGCAAGAGGAGUCACAGAAACACCAUCAGCAUCGACCGAGAUACUUUCAAGCAGUUCAGAAGUGAAUUGCUGGUGCCAGAGUUUCCCAACUACUAUCCUCUUCAGCUCAAAUCCCAAGAUGCACAAUUUAGACUUCUCUUCCCAACGGUGCGACAUGAUGAACGACUAGUCAUGGUAUUUAGAGCGACUUGGAAUCCAAACGACCAGCAGGAGUUUCCGGGACGAGUGUAUGUGACGUCCAGGGAUAUAUUUUUCUACAGCAAUCAUCUUGGGCUUGUCCUUACUGCAAGUGUUCCUCUAGCAUCAAUCGACGAGGCCACCGCGGCACCCGGAAGAGAUUGCGACUUUAUCUUCUUGCACUUGAAGGACCUAGCCAGCGAUGGAAGCGCCCGCAGAAUCACCAUCAAGACCUUCCUGGAACCGCUACGGGUCCUGCAGCGGCGGUUGAAUUACUUGAUCCGGAACAGCAUUUCUGACCAUCCGGCUGGUCUGGAAGAGAUCAUCAAGACUUUGCUGAAGAUGGAGACCGAGUCUGUCGAACGCAGUCCAAGCCUAGAAAGCUGGGAAGACGUGUCACCGAACACGCCGAUCGACACGGGCGGUCCUAGGUAUCGUGGCCGAGCAUCAACCAUCGGGGCCGAGCUGAAAGGCGCUUUUCGGGUCGAUCGGUCCUUGCAUCAGACGCCGCUUGAUCGAAACGAGUCCAAGUUCAAAUUGCCCGCACAACCGGUCAGAUACGUGCCUCCAGGAAACCUCCGGCUUGCCGUCGAGCGAGAGUUUGACAUCAGUGCCAAAGCAUUGUUUCACGUCAUGUUUGGCGACAAGAGUGCACUUUGGCAAUUGCUGCAGCAUGAACGACGGGCCAAAAACCUCAGUCAAGGCCCCUGGCUCAGUCUAGGGGAAGGCCGGUUGCGAAGAGAAUUCGCCUUUGACAUACCCGUCACCAACAUGUUGGGACAAGAAUCAUACGUCCAGGUUCGAGACUACCAGAUUGUGGAUGUGAACAACGACCAUUUAUGUUAUGUUGUCACCGACAAGCGGACUCCAUGGCACCUACCGUUCCGGGACCGACAACGACUCGUGAGCAAGAUUGUCAUCACGCAUGUGGCCAAGGCCAAAUGCAAGCUGGCCGUGUUUGUUAAAGUCGAGUGGCUGCGUCCGGCUCUGAUGCUCGGCAAGGUGAUCGAGCGACAGGCCUUGUAUGAUUUGGAAUUAGACGCGCAGGACCUAGUGGAUCUGGUGGCCGACCAAGUCCGCAAGCUCGGAGCACACAGUCGCACGCGGAAGGCGGUCCAGAUCUUUGGUCAAGUCGGCCACUCGACCGAAACCACACAGCUCCUGAUCGACCCGUCGACAGUCGUCGACAUUGAAGUCCGCCGGCGGCAACCUGUGACCAGGACGAUGGCAAGCUUACUGGCUCAAAAUGCCGCGUCCAUGGCUGAAAGUGCCGCCGGAACGGUCCUUGAGAGCAUUCUGGGUCUUUUCAGAAUGGCGGCCCGAACGGUCUCGGCCAACAAGAUCAUUUUGGGGAUCCUGUUUUUGAGUAUGCUGUACAACUCCUGGCACACGUACCGCGACACUUUGGAGUGGUGGCAUGAGCGCCAAGCGGCGCAUUUUAUGAAGAGGCUAGGUGUCUCGCCAGAUGCUGUUAUGGGUCGUGCCGUCUAUGUCGGUGAUUUGGAUCAGGUUGUCUUGCAAGCUGCGAAUUCGACGUCGACGACGCUUGGAGGAGGUGGUGGAGGAGGAUCAGAGUAUAAUCCAUGCUACAGAGUCUUUUCGAAUGAGCAUGAUCCGCAAAAAUUUGAUCCUUUGUUGCAGUCUGCCAACGGGGUAAAAGGUCCAGCGCAGGUUCAACAGGCGCGACAGCGGUUGGGGAUGUACAGGCACGAUCUCCUCGUUGGGUUGCGCGUCGUCAAUGUCGUUGAGAAAGAGCUGUUGCAGGCGGCUUGGGAGCAGUGGCUUGCGGAUGAGAGUCGACGAUGUCGUGUUGUCGAGGGACUCGUCUCGGACAGUGCUGGACACAACAAGGAGGGUCUGGAUACGGAUGUGGAUUCGAGAUCGGACAUGGCCAUGACGCAGGAUUUGAAGAGCUGGUAUGAUGAGUACUGCACCAGCUGUCGUGACGAGUAUAUGAAGAUACGGGUGUAAAGGAAACAAUUGUCAGCGAAAAACGAAAACGAAGAAGUGUCCUAUUAUUAUUCUUAGCAACUACUCAUUGAACUCCCGUCGGAUUUGGUGAUUAUGAUUCUGUCUCUGUAUACAUUAUGUCACGAGAACAGAGUUCGAACUUGACAUUGGGCAACAGGAUUUGCCAAUUUGAAUUCCGCUUCGCUCUUUGUUCUUGUGCACGACUGGGAAUAAGUUUAGACACGGGAGAUCGGAAUCUUGGACUUGGAAAUGAAUUUGAGGUGUUCAACUUUUCAGUUUCAGACAAGACUAUCGACGUACUCGGCGCAAAUGUAGCGGUAGAACCCGUGGCGGUGCA